GUGAAUGGACAAAUCCCUUCCUCUUCCAAGGAUGAUUCAGCCCCGUCAAAGUCUUCAAUUGAGAUUCAUACCAACAGAGAUAGCUACGCUGACAUCUUAAGGGGGAUUCCGUCAAUCAGAGAUGGAAACAAAAAUCCCUGCCAAUCAAUAGCAAUCUCUAAAACUCAAAAGUUCCGAAUUGAAGGUAAGACUUUUCUCUUUACGCCUUCAAAAUUCAAUAAGAAGAUAUGUAUUACAGAAAUUCAGAGGAGCAGGAAGCUGAAUAUAUGGCUAGUUUAGAUAUCCCAGGUGAUCAUAGUCACACACCUAUUGACAUUCCUCCUAAGACUCAUUUUUCCCCACUCAAGGAACCACAACAACCAGUUUCUGCAACCCCAAUUCCCCCUUUUCAUAUCCCCCAUAGCCCUCUCUCUCCAGCAGCUCAACCUUUUCUUCCAGGUGCAAAGGAUUGCUCACAACCGAAGGAGGUCCAACCCCACUUCUUGGGGUGCUCCAAUUCUGAUAAUGAUGAUUUGGAUAGAUCACAGUGGAACGUGAGCUACAACUCAGGAUCAGAGAAGCAGACAAAGCUUUCUUUUAAGCCUUUUCUAGAAGAAUCAGAAGAAGAGUGGGUUACAGAUAGAGGGUCGGAAGAUGAACCAGACUGGCAUGCUAGGAAAGAAACGAGUAAAAGGAGAAAUCAGAGGAAGUUUGAGCAGCUAUGCUUACAGUUUAAAGACUCCCCCACGCCAAGGAGGAGCAAGAGGUUAAUAGACCUGAAAACUAGAUUAAUUCAGGAGAAAGGUUUGCUUUAAAGUCCCUAAUUUCGUCUCUAUUUUGCUUAUUCAAUUAACUUUAUGAAGGCUGGUUUCAAGUACACAUUGUAACACCCUAAUCCGUCCAGGUUUACAACCCCUUCCGAACUAAAGUAUUAACUUGGUA